AGGUCUUCUCGUGACUUAGCAGUCCGCGAUCACAUCUUAUUAUUCUAAACGAUUUAGCUCUGCAUAUUUGCGAGUAGUAGUCGUAUCGGUUGAGCGCUUUCUUGGGUAGUACACUAGCUCCUAUUCGCUCGAAACGCGCAUACACACCUCUCCACACGGCGCCACUAUCUUCUCGCAUCGCGUUACAACGACAGUUUUUUCUUUUGUUUUUUUUUCGUGUGUGUGUUUUGCUUCAACGGCGACGCCCUUUCUCGCCACAAAGGAAAAAGACCCCAACAGCAAGGCGGGUUUCGUCUUUCCCACCUAAUACAUAUAUAUUUUUGUUUAUGAGUGUCGCGGAGUGUGCGACGGCCGCAAUUUAAGCCUUCCGUUGUAACGUGUAGAGCGCGGACUGUUGACGACAAAAAGAAACGCCAAACGAAGCUGCUGCCUCCCUCAGCGCUCAUCGGUUACGCCUGUCACCGCUGUUUUAGUAUUCAGGGUGUGGUUUUCCCUCCCUCUUUUUUUUUUAUUACUGUAAAUAGAGCACCUCCACGUUCCACGGCGUUACGUGAUGGAGGGAUUCCACUUUCACGUCGAAGGCACCGGACUGCCGGAAGGAAGCCUGCGUCGGGCCAAUACGGAGCUCAUUGGUGCCAUUAACAGUCCCGACCCGAUGGUGCAGUACGGCGGCCUGCAGAUGCUGUGCGACCAGCUCACCAUGAGCAGCUUCAUCUCCUCCACCACACUCGCUGCCAUUCCGGCGCUACUGCCUUCGCUGCUGCGCUGCAUCGUGUCUUCGCCGCUACCCGAAGUUUCCAUCACGGCUGCGCGGGCUCUCACGUACAUUCUCGACGCCUUCCCUCGCACCUUCGACUCGUUGCAGUCUCCUUCCGUUGUUGUCAGUGUGCUGCUGAAGCACCUGCGCUCCAUCGAAGAUGUGGAGCUGUCGGAGCAGUGCAUCACCUGCUUGGAGAUCAUCACACGGGGCCCUACUGGGUGUCGCGAGAUGCUGCGCAACGGUGGCGUGGAGGCGGUUCUGGGCUUCGCGGACUUCUUUACCGUUCACAAGCAGCGGCAGAUUUGGACCAUUAUUCAGCGACUUCUCCGUGGCAUCGAUGACAGCGAGGUCAAGUACGUGUCGGCGAGCCUGCCCGCGAUUCGGCAGAACAUGACGAACCAGGACGCCGAAAUUCGUCAGAAGGCCAUCGCCUCGUUGGCGCAGGUGAUCGACGGUGUAAAGACUGAUCGGGCCGCCGUCGACGCUGCGUUUGGCGACUCAGCAGACAAAAUAGCUGCUCUGCUGGAGGAGCGCGACGUAAACGACGAGACGCUCUCCUCCGCCUUCUCCCUCCUUAGCAGCGGCGUGCGCUUCAGCGCAGGCAUCGCCGCCUCCAUGAUUCGGAGUGGGUUGUUCAUGACGCUGCUAAAUCUGUUGAAGCCGGCGCCGAUGGCGGCUGCAGCGGGCGGGGAAGGCGGGGAUCCGUUGUCCUUCACGACGCGCUCUGCGCCGGCCUCGCAACCAAACGCAGGCGGUGGUGCCGAUGAGACUCGUGCUGGUGCUGGUGAGGCGGUGCUGCUGGACCGGGAGCAGUCGGAGUCCGUCAUGUCGCCUCUGUCAACGGAGCCUGCUUCGCGCGGCGUGGGCCUCAUGUCGCACCAGCGCACGCUGGUGUGUCAGUUGCUGGCGGCUCUUCUCAUUCCGUAUCGCGACGGGGCUCUGGACCAGCUGGAGCGACUCGAGACGCUCACGCAGCGCUCAGCGCUUCUCGGGUCCCCGGCGUUGGGUGGGAACGAAAGCAGCGGCGACGAGGAGGAGGACGCAGAUGAGGACUACACCACGACGGAGGGGGACGACGAGGACGGCGCAGAAGAAGAUCAGGACGGCGUAGGGGACGGCAACGACGACAGCGUCCCCGACGCCUUUCUCGCCGAGAAACGUCAGCGUGUGGAGAGGGAGAAGGGGCUGAAGAUCCAGACGAAGGCCGCCUACGGCCGGUGUCGCGUUAGUACGUUUAUGUGUGAUGGAUGCGGCAAGAGCUUGGUGCCGGGGGACUGGUACCGCUGCAACCAAUGCACCGAUCGCGAUUACUGCGCCGCCUGCAUCGUUGAGGAGUACAAGAACGACAACGGCGGCCACCACUCCUACACGGACAUGGAACAGGUGGUCGGCGCGACGGCGCGCAACAAGGACAAGCGGGAGCUCUAUCAUAAAUCGCCAGAGCUGCUGCAGCGAGUGCUGGAGGCGAUCCCGACGGUAGCCGAGGUGUGCGUCUCCUCGGAGGUUGUGCCCGUGAGGUCGUCCUGCUUAGACUUUCUGGUGAGCGCGAUUGACAUGGCCUCGCCCGAGCAACUCAUCGCCGCAAACGUGACGACGGCGGUGCUGGGCGAUGUGCUGAACAACAACCUGCGGGGUUCGGACCUCGUGUGCAACGCUUUGGCUGUUGUGCUGGCGGGACGUCUGUUGCACAAAUUGCCGGACGUCUACCGCGUGCAGUUUGUGCGCGAGGGCGUCAAGCUGCGUCUUCAGCUAUUGAAGCAGCGCUGCAAGGUGAAGGGGAAAUCGGCGCUGCCGCGUGAUCAGCGCGCCAGCCUCACCACGUCCACGUUGGGGUGGCGGACGAUUAUCGGGACGGAGGCAGCGGUGCUCCUGCACAAAUACCUCGGCUUCGAAGACGAGCUGUCCACGGAGUCUCUUCGCCGCAUCGUGCAGGAGCUGCGGCAGGAUCAACUGGGAACGGCGGCCGAACUGCUGAGGGACGUGCUGGCGGGCGAUGUCACCGCCUUCGAGUUCUACUCCAGCGGAGCGGUGCGGGAGCUGAAGAACUGCCUUGUACGGAAGCAAAACAUGUUUGCGCUAAUGCAGCUCAUCGCGGUUCUUUCCUCCAGCUCCGCUAUGUCUCCCAUCGCACCGAACUUCAGCUCUUCUCCAACAUGGGUCAAUCCGAAAGAUGCGACCACAACGCAGCUGCUGCCGCCGGCGAUGCCUGGCGGAGCAGGUGGCGGGAAUGCUGCGGCUGGUGGCGGCAGCAAUCUCCUCUGGCGUCUUAUCCAUCAUCUGCACACGGUGCUUACGCUGCUCGACAACUUCACCGUUCCGCGCUACGACUUCGUGGGCGGCGUACACAAGUUUUUCGUCGUGUGCUUCGAACCGCAUCGUCCCUCCGUCGCGGUUCCAGGCGAUACGACGUUGUCGUCGCUGCAGCACAGCGCGUCUUCAGAGGGCAGUCAAGGAGGAAGCGGCCCCCCUCCGCUGCAGUCGAUUAAAGCCCGCAUUCGCUCGCUGUCGAGCGUGAGUGCCAUGACGCAGGUGCUGCUGCAGGAGGUGCUGCAAGUGGAGGGCGAGACCGACCACGAAGAGGGCGAACAAGACGCGGAGGCUAUCACGAACGUGUUGCCGGACCUGCACCCGCAGCUCCAAUCCGCCCCCUCCGCGAUGAACGCGUCCGCAGCGAAUACGGGUAAUGCACGUCGUCGUGCCUCGCAAUCUGCCUCGGUGGCUGCCGCACCGAAGAAUGUGUGGAUUCGCUACGGAAAGCACGUGCUGCCGCUGUCGAUGACGAUGCUGCAAAUCAUGGAGCACCUUGUUCUUCCAGAUGCUGCGACAGCGGAAGAGGAGAGAGAGAGCGAGAGCAAAUCGCUGCAGCAGUCGAAGAACGGGAAGGGCCGCCGGCAGCGGCCCGGCAACGCCGCGGCAGACGAGCAGCGUGAAGGAGAGGCGGAAGAACAAGGAGAGGAGAACGGCAACGAUUCGUCUCAUGCGCAGCGACGCACCGUCCCUCGCGACACGUCAACGGCGCCCGGCUACUCCAUCGCCCGACCGGUAAUGCUCUACUACAGUACCACGCCGUACGAUUCUCAGCACUACAGCUUCUACAAGGUGCCGAACACCUUCCCGCCCAGCGGCACUCCACAGAGCCCGCUGCAGGUGCGGCUGCCCUCGCAGGAGAUGAAGCCGAGCGCGGUACGGGAGGUGCAACGCGGCCUCGCAGCGACGUUCCCUAAUAGCAAGGAGGUGCUCGCAGAGAACCAGCGCGACGUCCUCGCGUUACUGCGCAUGUUAUACACGGCCGUCGCGAACUGGGCUUCCCUGCUCGCGUACCUGCGCAAGCAGAGCACGUCUGCCUGCUCGCCGGAGGCGGCGGCCAUGUUGAAGGACGUGGACGCGGAGCUUAUUAUGAGCGUCUUCGCGCCCCCCGUCAACCCGCAAGACUUCCAGCACGCGAAGCUGAACAACAAAGCGAUCCAGCAGUGCUCGCAGCUUCUCCUCGCCGGGCAGCAGCGCGGCACAUGGGCGGUGAAGCUUGCUCUCGACUGCAACUUUCUUUUUAGCCUGCCCACCCGUAAGUUUUUGUUUGACGUCGGCUUCACCUCGACGGACCGCUGCCUGGUCCAGAUGCGCAAGUAUCGGGAGCUCUUUGGACUACAGGAUCAGCGUUUCACGAACGAGCAGCUGCGUGGAAUCUACGGCCAGCUGCCAAAAGAAUCAAAACGGGUGUGGCGUGAGGAUGCGUUGGAGUGCGCGAAGAAGGUGCUGAGCUCGCAGGACGCGAAGGAGCGCAACGCGACGUGGAGCUUCCAGUUCUACAACGAGAAAGGCUGGGGCGAUGGGCCAACGCGUGAGUUCUACACCCUCGUGAGCCGCACACUGCGGGAGCGUCGGCUGGGCUUGUGGCGCAGCGGGGACGAGUCGGCCGACGACACCGAGUAUGAUGCGUCGAUGGGCUUGUUUCCGAGGCCCUGCGUGCCGGGAUCCGCAGAGGAGAAACGCGUUGUGCCGCUCUUUCGGCUCAUGGGCCGUUUUAUUGGCCGCGCGCUGAUGGAUGAGCACGUCCCGGCUCUACCGCUUUCCCCCGUCCUCAUUCGACUGCUGCGUGGGGACGUGUGUGAAGUGUACGACAUGCAGGACAUCAGUGACGAUGUGGGCCGGCUGCUCAUCGCCUUGUCAGAGGCGAGCGUGCGGGGGGAGCAGCAGAUCCGUCUCCCCUCGCAGAAGACGUCGGUCAACAUCGAAGACCUCGCGCUGGACUUCACACUGCCCGGUGACGACAGCAUCGCGCUGAAUCCGAAGGGUGCGGAGGAGGCGGUCACGUCGUCCAAUGUGAAGGAGUACUGCGACCUUGUGGUGGACUUCGUGCUGAACCGCGGUGUUGCGGCGGCGGUGCAUGCCCUGAGAGAGGGCUUCCACUGGUACAUCCCUCUUGUUGCGCUGCAAAUGCUCAGCGUGGAGGAGGUGUACCAGCUCAUCGCAGGAAACGAGAAGGCGAUCACGCGUGAGGAGUUUUCGCAGUACUCGGAGGCGAAUUACGGCUACACCAUCAACUGCAAGCACGUCCAAUGGCUCUUUGAAAUUCUCGCGUCCUUUACGCUCGAGGAGCAGAAGCAGUUCUUUCUGUUUCUGACCGGAUCAGCACACCUGCCCGUCGGCGGCUUAGGUCGGCUGCGACCUCCGUUUACGGUGGUGCGCAAGACCUCUGAUAGCGCCGCAGUGGCCGAGGGCGACUUGUUGCCCUCUGCGAUGACGUGCCAAAACUACUUGAAGCUGCCGCAGUACGCCACCAAGGAGGAUAUGGAGAAGAAGCUGCGCUUUGCCAUGACAGAGGGAAAUGGCGCAUUUCUGCUAUCGUAA